GAUGCUCAGCCAGGCAAAUUCAGGUACGAUCGCGACUUCUUACUUCAAUUUAUGAAUAUCUGCACGGAGAAACCUGCGAAUCUUCCGAAAUUGGGCGAGAUCGGUCUUGAAGCCGACGCAUCGAGCGGUUUCGGUCGCAAGCGCAGUACAGCUGGCUCGGCACGACCCGUGGGACUCGGUAUGACGCGUCCGCUUCCCUCGCAGGGAAUGGGAACUUUCAACAUGGGCAAUAUGGGCAGUUUCGCAUCCGGCCCGCUGCGUGCUGCCGACAGGAAUCGUCCGAGUCGUGUACCUAGUCAAGGACCACUCACGCCUAUGAUAUCUCGUGGUGUGGCUCGCGGCAGCCAGCGCGGCACGAGGAGACAGCCUCCACCACCUGCAGACGAUGCGUCGCCCCUGGUCGUUUCAGCAAAUUCGUGGUCAGCUCAGCGACCAUCCAACGACGAGGGGUCGCCCGCUUACGUGGAGCGGAAGGUCAAAGCAUUGCUGAACAAGUUGACCGCCGAGAAGUUCGACUCCAUCGCACAGCAAAUCUUGGAAUGGGCAAACAAAUCCGAGCACGAAACGGAUGGCACGUCGCUCAAGCUGGUCAUCAAGCUGGUGUUUGAAAAGGCUACAGACGAAGCUCACUGGUCGCAGAUGUAUGCUCGACUCUGCCGUCUCAUCCUCGAGCGUCUCAACCCCAAUGUCAGCGAAACAGUUGAGGAUGGCAAAGUCAUAUCUGGAGGUGUUCUUUUCCGUCGGUAUCUGAUAGGUCGUUGUCAAGUGGAUUUCGAGAAUGGGUGGAAAGCGCGUGAGGACACUGCGACGGCUGCUGCGGCUCGGAGUGAAGAAGACAAGCAGCAGCUGGCCAACAGGGAAGGGGACGAGGCUCCGAUGCUCAGCGACGAGUACUACGCCGCUCAAAAAGCCAAACGACGUGGUCUCGGUCUUGUUCAGCUCAUCGGGGAGCUGUACAAGCUCGAGAUGAUCUCUCGAAACGUGAUCAGGCAAUGUCUGCGACGACUCCUCGGAAACCUUGACAGUCCCGAUGAAGAGGACAUUGAGUCCACUUGUAAACUUCUCACUACAAUUGGAGGCCAGUACGAUGAAGUGGAAAAAGACAAUAUGGACGUGAUAUUUGACCGACUCAGCGUCAUCCUGAAAGGUGACAAGCUUCCUUCCAGAAUACGUUUCAUGAUAAUGGAUGUCUUUGAUCUGAGGCGAAGCGGGUGGCAGUCUCGGAAACCUCAAUCUAGCGUCAUGACGAUUGCCGAAGUGCACGAGCAAGCGGCGCGAGAACAAGCGGAGAAGUCGGCUGCGUUAAGUCGAGAUGCUAUCUCAAGAGGUGGAUCCCGAGCGGGAGGUCGAAGAGAUGGGCCGCAAACGGGUGAAUGGCAGAAUGUCCCCACCGGCCGACCGCCGCAGCGGCCUACCGAUUUUUCCAACCUAGGCAAGCUCAGUUCUCAGACCAUGCCGAACGCUCCUUCUUUCACCGGACCUUCGGGGAUCUUUGCACGCAAGGGAAAAACGUCGCUAGUCACGCCUCCCAUGUCGAGACAAGCCUCCACCGCGGACCUCAGCAACAAGUUUAAUGUACUCAGCGGAGAAGCAGCGGACAAAGCGGAGCCGAAGCAAGAAGAGCCUCAGCGAAAGAAGAUAACCUUGAAGCCGCGAACAAAGCCUAUGCCAAAUGAGGAGGCGGAGGCUGGUGAAGUGAAAGACGAAGCGAAGGAAAUGGAGACAACAUCAGAUGAGGAGAGCGGCAUGAGUGAACAACAAGCUUUGGACAAGAUAGAACUUGACAUGAAGGAACUGUGGGGUGACAAGGGAUUGAUAGGAACUCGGAAUCCCUCCGAUAUCGUGGAAUAUUUCCGUGCUCUACCGACACAACAUCACUUGCUGUUAGCAACACGAUUGCUAGACCACUUGUUCCGGACUCAAAAGACCAAAGACGGAGAGAUUAUAGCCUCAGGGUGGAAAAAGUCUAUAGAGGAAAGAGUAAUUUCGCCUGAGUUGUUACUAAAAAGUGUUGAAAGUAGAAUAAGCACUCUCGAUGACGAUGCGGUCGACUUCCCAGCGGCCUACAAGGCUGUGGCGUUGCUAGUGCGGAGUAUAGCUGCCUCCCCGGACGACCUCGAAAGACUCGUCUCGUUGAUCAUAGUGGAAGGCACACCUCGGCUGACACCACGGAUGAAGUGGGAAAAAGCCCUGCGGGAGGUUGAUGAAGCGUCGGCUUAGAAGUGAAAGUUUUCGAUAGAGAGCAAGGCAUUUGGUUACUAAUGAUUCGUAAUUAUUAUUCGGGGCAUCUUCGAUCUCGCUACACGCUUUAGUCUCACAUUUUCGUUUUCCCACAUUACACCCCCUACCCCCUUACCCUCGGUCUUUCCUGCCGCCCCAUUCUCCUUUAGAGGUACCGUCACAACGUCAUGAUCUAGCGCGCAAAGUUAUCGUUAUGCAUUCUGUAAUUGCUCUAC